UUUUUUUUUAUUAGUUUAGGCAAUGGCCUGAAAUAAAAUUGUUAUCCCCUCUCUUUUUUCUUAACUAAAAACUAAAAAAAUGAGUAACCCACACCCUGACCGUCCCAUUGCGGUACCCAAACGUCGAACCAACAGAACCACCUCCUUCAUGUCAGCAGGCAGUCAAGGCACACCACCCGCAACCACUAGUCCUUUGGCCGGAUUUAGUUUUGGAAACACAUCAGCACCUUUAACUGCAGCAAAGCCACCAGCAACAGCACCUCCUAAUUUCAACACUGGCUUUGGUAACCCUUCUCUCACCGGUUUUAAUACCACCGGAUUCCCUGCUCCCGCAACAUCUGCUCCUACAACGCCCACUGCUGCUAAUACCACUACAAAUACUGGAUUCGGUGGUUUCUCAGGGUUUGGAAAUACAAACAUUACUCCUUCUCCAUUCGGUAGCACUACACCUACCACAGCAGCAACAGCAGCACCAACAACACCUACAGCAGCAACACCAGCAUUCGGUAAUGGAUUCGGCACACCAACUACCAACAGUCCUUUCGCUGGAUUCUCCAUGACUGCACAAACACCCAAAGCUAAUGAGACACCUUCACCUUUCUCUUUUGGAACCCCUGUUAACGCACCUACACCUGUCAUUUCCACUGGAUUCAGCUUUUCUUCACCUGCCACUACUACUGCUGCUGCCGCACCUACAAAGGACGAUACACCCAUCAAAACAUCAUCCUCUUUUGCUGGAUUUACAGGUCCACCCAAGCCUGUAGAUAAUGCCAGUGGAAAGACGACAUUUACGUUCAACCCCCCUGCUACUACCACUACUACUACCAAUGCCGCUCAACAGGGUGGAUUUUCAUUUGGAACACCUAAAAAUGACGAACCUGCUUCUACAGGAUUUUCAUUCGGUACACCUGCAAAAGAAACGACCGAAAAGCCUUCCUUCACUCCUUCCACCGGAUUUUCAUUUGGAAAGCCAAAGGAGGAUACCACCACUGAGAAAAAACCUACCUUUAGUUUUGGAACACCUGCUGAAAAACCUAAACCUAAAUUAUUCUCCUCUUUUGGUGCUGCUCCUGCAAAAGACACCGAAAAGCCUUCCCCUUUUAGCUUUGGUACACCUGCUAAAUCUACCAACGAAGCUGAAAAGGAAAAGCCUUCACCCUUCAGUUUCGGCUCUCCUGUAAAGCCUACUGCUACUACUACAAAUACAGAACCCGAGAAAGAAAAGGCCUCUCCCUUUAGCUUUGGUACUCCUGCAAAAUCAACAGAACCCGAGAAGGAAAAGUCUACACCUUUCAGUUUCGGUACACCUGCAGCAGAGAAAGCUGAUAAAGAGAAGCCUUCUCCCUUUAGUUUUGGUACACCUAUCACUAAACCUAGUAAUAAUGAAGCCGAAAAAGAAAAGCCUUCACCUUUCAGUUUUGGCACACCUACAGUAGAGAAAGCUGAUAAAGCCAAACCUUUUACUUUCGGUACACCUGCCACCCCUAACGAAGCCCAGAAGGAGAAACCAUCACCCUUCAGCUUUGGUACACCUGCAAAAUCAACAGAAUCUACCGAGAAGCCAUCGCCUUUCAGCUUUGGUACACCACCUACCGUCAAACCUACUGAAAAUGCUCCCAAGGCAUCACCUUUCACUUUUGGCGCACCA